UGAUGAAGAAACACCAGCUCGUGGUAGAGUUCGAAAAUGGCAUUACAAGCCUUUUGGUGAGUUUGAUGUAGCGCUUAAGGAAUUAGAUCCAAAAAUAAAAAAAUCAGAUAGACUUGAUCUUCAAAUUGGAAUUUUGAAAACUAUUAAUGAAUCACGAGAUAUUAUUCGAUACGUCGGUCUUGUUACGAUUAAUUUCAAGCAAUUUCUCGUUACCGAAUGGGCUGAAUAUGGAACAUUGCGCGAAUAUUAUAUAAAGAAAAACCCACCUAUCACAACCAGAGCAAGACUUGCUUUUGAAAUUGCAC